GAAUUCGAACAUUCACGUUAUUUGGCGAAUUGACCAAAUUUGGGUAAAGUGCACAAUAUUGGUUAUACUACCAUCCUAUUCUUGCAACAACCAAACCAAACAUGAAUGCAUCUAACGUGUAUUGUUGUGCUCAUGGUGCUCCAUAGUGUCCUUUACGGGGUCGUCGCCAGCGUAUGCUGCACGUCGCGGAUGUUGUCAAUCACCUCAUUGAUCGAUGUGUGAUACUGUUUGGUGGCAUCGUCCACAAACGCAAACAUAUCGUCGGUGGUUCGACAAAUAGACACGAGAUUCACAAUCUCAAACGGCAACGUGAUCACCGUGAGCACCUUGCCAGCCACCCGCAGCACCUUGGUCCCUCGGGCUAUCGAAUUGAGCACUUUGACAGACCCUGCAAAUGGAAGCCCGAGCUUAAUCGCCCCAACAAGUACGCCUUGCAGCGCAAACUUGCCAGGCGCUCCCGCCAGACGCAUCAUCCACGACACCGCGCUGAACUGGUGGCCGACUAACCCGACAAUAUUCUGGUCCGAAAUCGCCUGCGGGGAGAUUCCCUGGAUCUGGAUGCCCCGAAGAAGUCGAACCAAAGCGCAGUCCGUGUUGCUUUCGAGGGUGUCCCGGAUCAUGGCUUCCCGGUCCUCCCCCGUGGGCAGCGUCGACGCGAACAACACGAUUGUCAUGAGACCCGCCGCCGCGUCCUUGGGGUCCGCAUGGUUGAGCGCUUCCAGUUGGUCGAUGAAUUCGCUGAACCGAAGCAAGUCGCUUUGGUACGGGAUCGUCAGAACCUUGGAGGUGUCGGAGAGGUCUUGCAUGAGGUUGCGCGCUUCCACGUGUCGACGGUCAGUCUCGGGCAUCGUGGCGACGUUCGUGAUGGCCGUCGCGCCGGCAAUUACCCACCCAACCACUGGCACAAACAUGAGGGGAGUCGCGGACACGGUGGCGAUGCUCACGCCGAGGGAGAUAUCCUUGUACCUCUGCACGGCAUGUCGCGUUGCGUCCGCCUUGGCGUCCACGGCGCUCGUGAGCUUGGCGCGGAGCUCGUCGACGUCGUACGCGUAGUACGUCGCCACGUUGACGAGCAGCGCGAUGAAGUUCUGGACGCCGCCGAACGGAGCCAUCUGCCGCUGCGAUCGCGUGAUGCGUCGCGCCUGCUCGAUGAUCGUCACCACCGCGUCGUAGUCGAACUCGUCAGCCAUUUUCAACAAUGAGCACCA